AUGUUGGUUGUUGCUUUUGCUUCCUUGCUGGGGGCUGCAAGGGCUAUUAUGAUGCCGAUAGAUGACCCUACUACUUCGGAUAAAUUUCAAAUAACGUAUGCAAACGAAUCCCUCUGGGAUACACUAGUGAUGAAGAACAAGACUGCAUUGGAGUCAGGUGAGUUAUUUGAUUUGGGUCCCGACACGAAAUGUUUCCUUCCGAAUAUGACCAGAUUGCAUGAACAAAAUGUCCAGUCUGUGAAUGAUCCUGAAUACAAGCAGAAACUAAUUGAUACCUUAGAUAUGGGCGCACACAUUAUUGACGCCAGCCUAAAAAAUCAAUGCUUAGUUAGUCAAAACGGAUUUUGGACGUACCGAUAUUGUGGAAGUGGUGACUUCACUCAAUACCAUGGAGUUGCUCCAGACCCUAAUGAUAAACUGACUUACACCCUGGGAAGAUCCAGCAAACAAAUAGAAAAUAGAGAAUUUCAACUUCUUUAUGAUGAUUACGGUUAUUACAUUAGUGAGAUUAUUGAAUCCGGUGAUAUAUGUGAUGUAACGGGUACGCCUAGAGCAAUCGAAAUACAGUAUACAUGUGGUAACGUUAUGAGACCAGGGACGUUGCAAUGGACAAGAGAAACGAAAAUCUGUCACUAUGAAGCUCAAGUAAUAGUCCCAGAUCUAUGCCAGUUGGAACUUCUCUCAAAGAACCAAGAUAAGAAGAAUGCUGUUCCAAUUAUUUGCCAUAUGUCCAAUGAUGUUCCUGAUAAACAUAACAUUGUUGAUAUUGUUUCCAACUAUGAUGUUUCUUUUGUUGCAAAUCAAGUUUAUUUCCUUCUACCAAUGAAUAAUUCUAACGUUGAUAGGGCUUUGUUAAUGUACACAGGGAAUGCAACUGAGGAUGGAUUGGAGAUGGACCCAUUCCCAAUGGAGAUUUACAAAAAGUUUAUCGAUGUGAUGAAUAAAAUGCUAGGUUUGGGAUUGUUAUCUCCACCUGAUGGAAAACCUUUUGAUGUACACGAUUCUUACCAGUGGAUCGGUGACAUCGUUGACAUGCAUGGUAACUACUUGAAUAGGUUAAGAUUGGAUGUUGAUGUUAAUAUGGAGGCUACCUUAAUUAUAGACAAAUCUAUUAAUUUUACUGGUCCUAAUAACUUUCAGUGGUAUUUUAGAGGUUCAGAUAGAACGAAAAAUAGCAAAUCUAGGUUUGGUUCCCUGACCAAUGAUAAUAUGAUGCUUGCUGGUGGUUCAAUAAUAAACGUUGACGAUAUAAGCAAAGAAAAUGCUCAAGAAUUGCUCGAGAAGUUAGUUGCUGCUGGAAAACUGUCGGGUGUGAUAGAGGACAAUAAAAUUACACAAGGAUCACCAAUUGAAGCUUCAAAAACGAAGGUCACAAAAGCGUCAGAAUCUACACCAGUUUCUGAGAAGAAUAAAAAGGCAAAAACAGUAACUAAAACAAUUAUCCGCUCCCGAGAUAAGGAAGAAUAUUUUAAAGAAAAUGAAAAACAGGGAGAAGAAAAUAAUGCUCAAGUUCCGUUUUCUGCACAUAAUAAUGAACAACAUGGAACGAUUAGUAAAUCUGAAAGAAAGGAAGAAAAUACUAAUCAGAAACAGUUGGCUAAUACACAAAAGGGGGAUACUGACACACCACCACAAUCCAGUCAAUCAUCUGCUAAUGACAAAUUAUCACGAUCCGGUAUGGGGCAAAAAGAACCUGGUGUUGAUGAAAUUGGCAGCGAACUAAGAGGCAAUUCUAAAAAGGCAUUAGGAUCAAAUAUCGAUAAUUCAUCUGGCCGAUCGACUCUAAAUGAUAAUAGUGAUAGAAUUGCUGUCGAAAAUGAAGCUAGAGAAAUUAUCAAUAGUAAUGCAUAUGAUCAGUCAGAGGCUUCCGUCGAUCCUAACUAUAGAAAUGAUCAACAGAGGUUAAAUUCUGCAAAAGAACACACCUUCUCCCAAUCCAAAGAAAAGAAGUCCAUUAAUUCUGAGGAAAUUCUUGAAACCAAAAUUUUAAACUCAGAAACGUUGGGUAAUAACGAUGGUGUAGCAUCUGAUGUUAAGGAUGAAGAAGUUGUCGAAUCUGAUAGAAACGGGGUUAUUGAUGAUGAGUUGUAA